UGGCGUCUCCGUUCUCGUUCAUGCCAUUUCGUGUCGCCUUCGUGGCUGCUGCAGUCACGCAGAAACGAAGCCCCGAGGUAGAAGAUGCGUUUGAGGUGAUGACUGACGAGGAGUUCCGGCGGCACUUUCGUUUGUCCAAAGGAACAGUGCUUAGCUUGUGCGACGAACUUGACCCCAUCAUCGGAUGCCAGCGAGCCAGUGGCCUUUCGACAGAGAGGAAGGUGUUGUGCGCGCUGCGAUUCUUUGCAACCGGGUCCUUCCAGGAGAGUGUAGGUUGCGAAGAGCUCAUCGGCAUGUCUCAGUCCUCCGUCAGCAACACGAUUCAUGAAGUGGCGGAGGCUAUCAUCGUCCUUGGUAGGCGGCGGAAGUUGGUGGACUUUCCGUUGACGGCGGCUGCCAAGGAAGAGGCGAAGGCGGCAUUCGCACGACUUGGCCGCAUUCCUGGUGUACUUGCGUGCGUGGACGGCACACUGAUUGCCAUUGAGAAGCCGGAAGGUCUCAGCAUAGCGGAUACGGCGAGCUUCAUGACCCGGAAGGGGUUUUAUGCUCUAAACGUUAUGAUCGUGUGCGACGCAGGCCUCCGCAUCCUGGUCGUAGACCCCCGUUUUCCAGGAUCAUGCCAUGAUACCUGGGUGUGGAGGCACAACCCACUGCACAAGCGCCUCGCUGCACAACUUCAGCCUGGCGAAUAUGUACUCGGUGACUCUGGCUAUCCUUUGGAGCCAUGGCUGAUUAUACCAGUUCCUGGCCAUCCACGCGGUGUCUCCCCCGAAUGCCUCUACAACAAAGAGCUCUCCUCCAUGCGCCAUGUUGUGGAAAGGUGUAUCGGAGUGCUGAAGAGCAGGUUCCGCUGCUUGCAGCGCUACAGAACCUUGUUCUACAGCCCCUACCGAGCAGGGGCAAUUGUUUCAGCCUGUGCUGCUCUCCACAACAUUGCCUUGGAGGCAGGCGAGCUGGUGUUCGACGAGGACGUCGACAGCGGGGAAAUGCCAGGCCAGGACGAUGCAGAGCUGCCACAAGCCUCGCAGGCGCUGCCGUCGUUGCAGGAGAUCUACCUCAGGGGCAAGCAGCAGCGCGAUGCCGUCGUCAGCCUUUUCUAAUGUUUCCAAGACAUGCCUGGCGACAGCACACCACCAGCAGCACAGGACUGGACCCUGGAGGCUGGCCCUGCCCCUGAGCUCUGCGAGAACAGCCUCCUGCGCAUCAGCCGCCCGCUCCGCAGCCUCCGCCGUUCGCCGCAGCAGGGCUGUGUUGCGUUCCGCGGCUAUGGCGAGCCGCUCGAUUGAAGUGCGCAUGGCCUCGGCUACCUGAAAUCAUUGUGUGGACAACCAUGAACUCUUUGCUACCAGCUGUCUCCUGGAAGCUCUUGCUUGCAGGAAUCUGCGUGUGCACAACACUUUCCUCUCUGACGAAAAGCCACUGGCCUGGUGGCAUCCAGUGGUGGUGCCAAGUGCGACGUACAAACUAUGCACCGUUUGUUUGGACAGACCAAGGUCUUGCCGGAACUCCUCUUCAGUCAUCAACUCAAACGCAUCUCUCACCUCCAAACAGCCCUUUUCAGGGCUAACCGGCUGUUUGUCCGGCUGUAGCUCGCUUGGGAGGUCAGACUCAGUUUCCGAAUUACACAUGUAUUUUCUAUCUGUGCUCACAGUAUCUCGCAGCCAUGAUUCCAUCAUGAACGACGAGUGCUAACAUUGUUUGCUUACGAUAACCUACAAAACACACAAGGAUCUACUUACCCUGAGCAGAUCAGUGCCCUGGAGAAGGCUAUCCGCACACUGCGCCUGGAUGUCCGUAAGGACAUCUACACGCCGAGGUCGCCUUUGCCGCGGUGGGCGAACAGGCCGCCGCUGCCGCGGUGGAGCGGUAGGAGCACCUGAAAACAUGCUAUGUUUAAUAGAAUUGCAAUGCAUUUCACAUUAUGUGUAAAGGUAGUUAUACUGGUUUAAUUUGCUCAAUCGGAUUUUGCCCUGAAAUGUGAAAGCUCAUUUCAACUAGAAGCUUGUAAAUGAGCAGCACUUACCCGCUGGCGUAGCUGUCGGCUGGGCUGCUGCAUGUGUCUGUGGCCCGGCUGCACAAGAGUGAAUGCAAUGCACUUUUCCAAUCAUAUGUAUACACAUUCGGCAAACUGUAACACACAAAAAAACACUUCGCGCUGCAACUUACUUGACGUGCCACUCGUGACUGCCACCUCUGUCACCUCCAUCGGGGCAGGAGGUGCGCCGUCCUGGUAAGUGUCAAAAGCACAGCUUUCCUUCACUACAGUAUGAUGCCAUCCGGUAGUUAUGCAAACUCUACUGCUACUAGAUGCGCGCAGUGUCCUGCAAUGAUCAAGUAGUUAAUGAUCCCAUCCCUUAAGUGCAUGUUUUUUUGAAUGCCACUGUAUAAGUACAAGCGUUAUUAGUGACAAGAUACACGAAAACUCCACGAUUCUGUUGCAAGGCUGAUUAUUCUGUUUUUGUGGAGAUUUAAGGCACAAAUUUCAGACAUUACCGUAGGUUUGCACAAUUUCAGAACGGAUUAUCCAACAGUGAGCUUACCCCUUGGUAAUCCAGUGGCCGCGCGCCACUAAGCCGCAGUGUGCCCGUUAGCUGAAGCACACGGCCUCUGAAGCCGGAGGCACGCCCCCCGCCAGUGCUGCUGCAAACGCACGCGCACUGUAGGAAGAGUUGUUCAGGUUACUUGGUGUUCACUCACCGCUGCACUUCGGCUACUGCGGCGGCGUCCUGGCGAGCGUCGUACACCUGCUUUCGCCAGCAGUCCUGCCACUGUUCCGGCGACUUGGUGACGGGGCCCUCGCGGUUGAGCACGUCCGCUAGCUCGAGCCA